AUGGCUGCCGCGAAAACAUCGAGCUACUUCAGGCUGGAAAGAUUAAAAGAAUGGCCAGAGCCCGAGACCGUUUCUUUAAUGGAGGUAUUAGCUAGAGAAGACAUCGAUGAAGCUGUGUAUACCAUCUUAUUUAGAGAAAAUUAUGUUGUAAAGAGUCUGGAUACAUAUUUUCAGCAUCUGGAUACUUAUAAGGAAAGAAGAAAAGAGUUGUUACAUAAAAAGUGGGUCCAAAAUGUCAUAGCACCUCUUCAGCAGAGAGUUUUGGAAAAAGUAAUCUCAUAUAGAGGGCCUAAAAAAAAGAAACAAGAAGAUUAUGGAUAUUAUUUAAAGGACAGAAAUAAAAUGGAAAUUGUAUCUGGAGAACAUUAUGAUUCUGACAUAUACGAUCCUUUUUUUAUAAAGGAAAAGGGCCCAGACUCUAGAAAGGUUGCAUCGUCACCAUUGUUUGAUCCUCUGUUUCAAAGACAGCAAACGGAUGAAGAGCAGAGCACUAGUCUCCUCGUUAGUUCACCCGGGUUCACUUUGACCCCACACAGUGUGAUUCCAGAAGAGCAGCGGAAAACCUCAGCAAGGUUCUCUGGCAGCUCCUCCGCAGGCUACGAAAGUGAAGCUUACAGUCAGUGCAGUUCUGAAAAACUCGUCUAUGCGGAAGAGAAACAAAAAAGUGAAGAGAAAGAGAUUACUGACCUGAGUCAGGCGGUUUUUGAAAGGCAGUUCCGUGCCUCAAAGCUCAGCCAGGACAGGGGCGAUGGAAAGAAGGGUGUGGUUUUAGGAACCAGACGGCAGAGACCCCGGUCCUGGGUGGCUGGAGACAGCCAGCAGAGAAAGGGGCUCCAGCCUAUGCAAAGAAGAGCGAUGACAGCAGAGGUCCUGGGGAGCCACCUGGCCUCCCUGCACAGGAUGGCUAAGCAAGACUGCUGUUGGUGA